AUGCCUUGCAGUCGUGUUUUGGUAGUUGCACGAUCUAUUCUCGACUUCUCGUAUUUUGCCCAGCUUCAAGUUCAGACGACUGAGUCCCUCGAAGCCCUACAAACCGCCCUGACUGUAUUUCACACUAACAAAGACAUCCUCAAGGAGCUCGCUGUUCGAGAGCAUUUCAACAUUCCGAAACUACACCAGCUCUCUCAUUACGUCCAGUCGAUCACGUUGUUUGGCGCAGCUGACGGCUUUAAUACUGAACUUCCAGAGCGCUUACACAUUGAUUUCGCAAAAGAUUCAUACCGUGCUAGCAACAAACGGGACUACGAAGAACAAAUGGCUUUGUGGCUCCAACGCCAAGAAGCCGUAUUUUUACGUAGCGCAUACCUGGAUUGGUUGUCCCAACAGCCUCGCUCCAAGUCACCUGCGGGUCUCACCGGAUGUCAUUCAAACCCAUACAACUUCGACGCAGAUUCGGACACGGACUCGGAGUCGGAAACACCAAAUCUUCCCGCCGCUGAACCACUUCAAGCAACACAUGUCCUUGCGAAAGCCCCCGCACAUCCUCACCAAUCCGUUGGAACCAUCAUAACAGCACACGGUGCUACCGAGUUCCUCCCUGCUCUCCGAUCCUUCUUGCUCAAGAAUCUCCUGCGCAACACCAUAGUCCCUGGACUUCAAGACCGAUUCGAUCUUUAUCGUCAAGUGGUGAUCGUGACGCCACCUGAUUUACGAGUUAGCGACGUGCCACAGGCAACACCAGAAACGUUGCCGUCAGGCCGGAAGCCUGGUAUCCCAGCCCGGUUUGACAUGGCCUUGAUAGCAGACAGGCCUCGCUCUUCUAACUUCCAUACUCUUGAAGGUGUACGUGUAGCCCAAGUUCGCGCUAUUUUCACCCUACCUCGCCAGUUCGGCGCAUAUUCCAGAGCCCUCGCCUACGUCGAGUGGUUCACUCCUUUCAAACCAUCAGACCCUGUUUCUCGAAUGCGACAGGUCUCGCGCUCAACACGACAACUUCGCCGCAACGCCGCUGUAAUCCACGUUGACGAAAUCGUGCGGCCGUGCCACCUUAUACCGAAGAUGGGACCAACAGUAGAUCUGAGGUUGAGAAGCGGAAAUGCAUACGAGGUGGCGAACGAUUUUUAUUUCAACGAGUUCAUCGAUGGCGAAAUGUUUUGCGCAUGUGUUAUAAGUAAUUAG